ACUGAGAAGAGGUUGCGCUUUUGCUCAUGUCUUUUAUUCUAUUUCCUUUAUUAUGCACUACGAAAUAUUGCCGGAAGUUGAUUAAAUCGUCACAUAACAAAAGUGUCAUGGCGGAGUUAGACGAAAAGGCUGGUGAUAAGGAGAAAUCGUUGGCAAAAAACUGUAGAACUAGGGACGGCAAAAACAUGAAAACAAAUAUUCACAAGCCCUGUUCCCAGGGCAAACAAGACACUUCCACCGCUGUUACCACCACAGAGUACUGCGAAAAAUUACAAGAGUGGAUGUGGCAGUACUACUACAGCUAUAUGAACUGGCAGAGCUGGAUAGCCAUGUCUGCGUUUUCCUUCCCACCGUGUUUCCCAACACAGGGAACAAACGAAACGCCAGGAGCAACGACAUGGGGUACAGAUAUGUCUAAUGGAGACCUUCGGAAUUGGUUUAGCAGCCCGUUUGGUUUUCCUGCUGCAGGUGCGAACGCGGCGGGUGCUGCUGCUGACGCGAGCGGUCAGAGUUCUCGAGCCCCUGCCACAGCGCCUGCGCAGCUGCCGCUACAACAACAACAACCACAGCAACCCAAUGGAAAUGCUCAACAGCCUGGUAGGGAAUAUUAUAUCCCCUCUCCUCUGCAAAGGUUCUUGGCGGAAAUGGUAGAUUUCUUCAUUCUUUUCUUCAUUAAAGCCACAAUUAUCCUUAGUAUUGUGCACUUGAGUGGAAUGAAGGACAUCUCAAAGUUUGCCAUGCACUUCAUAGUAGAGGAGAUUGAUGAGGACACAUCAAUGGAGGAAUUGCAGAAGAUGAUGCUUGUGGCUCUAGUUUAUAGGAUAUUAGUUUGCUUUUAUGAGAUCAUAUGUAUUUGGGGAGCUGGUGGGGCGACACCAGGGAAGUUUCUCAUUGGCUUACGAGUGGUCACAUGUGACAGCUCCGUUCUGGUUCAGCCAAACCGAGUUCUUGUGGUACCAGCGACAAACGUCACGCUUUCUGCAUCUACAGUGAGAGCGUUAAACAAGAACUUCUCCAUCGCUUUCUUUUUUCCGGCAUUCAUCACACUCCUUUUCUUUCAGCACAACAGGACUGUGUAUGACAUUGUGGCUGGCACCAUUGUGGUCAAGAGAAACAGGCUUAGAUGACUUUGUCAUUGAAGUCAUUAUCAUCCUGACUUUGAAAUGCAAAAACAAGUUCAAGACAAAUGAGAGCAGACCAGCUGCAGUAAAACAUACUGCACUGAACUAAAGCUAUUGGCCUUUGGAAGAACUGACACUUGUAAGAGCUGAACACGGUAUUUCCAGUAUUUCUCCCCAUCUCCUCUGGACAUGAAUUGCUUUCUCAGAAGUAUUUUUAAUCAUCACUGUUGACAUCUUUGAAUAUUUUUUCUUGUGCCAAAAUAAGAUAAUUUAUAAAUGUGCUGCCACAUAAUACUUGAACUUCCUCUGGUACAUGCAUUUCAUGCAUCUCUCUCUCUCUCUCUCUCUCUCUCUCUCUCUCUCUGUUCAUGUAUGUGGAAUAUUGAUUGGAAUAUUUUCUUAGAAUAUUCUUUGACUAAUGGAAAUUAAGCAGGAAUUAACUUAUUUCUCCAAAUGCAAUAUAGUUUGGUUAUAGAUCCCAAUUUACUCGCUACGUUUGUAUUUCAGAUGAAUGUUUUGUUCCUAAUUACUUAUCUCUAUUUUAUGGCCUUUAAAAGCUUGAAAAUGCCGGAAAAACAUUUUAUUUGUAUAGCUGAGCUGUUUUGCAUAUUGUAAUUUUCACUGCAUGCCUUUUUCAGCUCUAUUCUGCACUAUCCUGAGCUGCUGAGUCAAUUAUUUCAACUUUAAAUAGCCUCAUUCUAAAUCAGUUGUUAGUAUGUUAUUCAUUUUGGAGUGUAUAGAUAUGGUGAAAUUGAAAUAAUUUACUUAUGUUCUAGAGAAAGUCUUCUGUGUUGUCUCUGUUUAUGGAUUGACUGUGUAUAUGUGAAGGGUUUUACAGUACAGCAAAUGAAAAAGGAUUUAUCUUCUGAAAUCACAUUUACAUACAGUAUGCAAGAAUAUAAAGUUAAUUUCCAUAUAGUCCUAAGAGUCAGCUAUAAAAAGCUCUAAUCAUUAACACUUUUAUAUGUAAUGUUUUUUUUUUUUUCAAAGAAUCCACAUAGUGGUUGAAUUGCACAAAAAUGGCUAGAUGAUAAUAUAAUGCAUUUGAUGAAUAUGGACAAAUUAUGUCAGCAAAUAUCUUUUAUUUUGUUUUGUUUUUCAUAGAGCUGCAAAAUAUAAAAAUUCAGAGCAUAUAAAGAUAACCAAUAAAGAUACCAAUUUUAUCUUUUAUA